CUCUGUCCACUAUCUCUGUUAAGUAUUGACAGCUGUCAGUUGAUUCUUUUUCAUGGCUGACGUUCAAAGGAGCUAGCCGCAGUCAUGAAGUUAAACGUUUCGUACCCGGCAACGGGAUGCCAGAAGCUAUUUGAAGUGGUGGAUGAACAUAAGCUCCGUAUCUUCUAUGAGAAGCGUAUGGGCGCUGAGGUCGAAGCUGAUCUACUAGGUGACGAAUGGAAGGGUUACAUACUCCGUGUUGCCGGUGGAAACGACAAGCAAGGUUUCCCUAUGAAACAGGGAGUUCUUACAAACAGUCGUGUCCGUUUAUUGAUGUCCAAGGGUCAUUCUUGCUACAGACCACGUCGUGAUGGAGAGAGAAAGCGUAAAUCAGUCCGGGGUUGCAUUGUUGAUGCUAACUUGUCUGUUUUGGCUUUAGUUAUUGUACGCAAGGGUUCUCAAGAAAUUCCUGGACUUACUGAUGGAAAUGUACCUCGUCGUCUUGGACCCAAGAGAGCCUCCAAGAUCCGCAAACUGUUUAACUUGACCAAACAAGAUGAUGUUCGGCGGUAUGUUGUAAAACGCCUCCUGCCUGCUAAAGAAGGCAAAGAAAAUGCCAAACCUAGAUACAAGGCUCCUAGGAUUCAAAGGCUAGUAACACCUGAGGUUCUUCAGCGCAGACGCCACCGCCUAGCCCUUAAGAAGAAACGCCUGGCUAAACGUAAGGCAUCUGAAGCAGACUAUGCUAAGUUGCUGGCUCAGAGAAAGAAGGAAUCUAAGGUACGUCGCCAAGAAGAGAUCAAGCGCAGACGUUCAGCUUCAAUUCGUGAUUCAAAGAGCUCAAAUCAGAGCGCACCACAAAAGUGAAAGUCUAAAAUAAACUCUUAAUAAAAUUC